CGGGGAAGUGCGCGGCCGAGCCGAGUUGGCGGAGCGAUCCGGCCGCGCUCCCCCUGGCCGGAGGACAGCAGGAGGAGGAGGAGGGAGCGCGCCCUCGCCGGGGCUGGGAGACCACCGCGGCCGGCCAGCCAGCCGGUGGAGCGGCCGGCGGGAAGCCCGGAGGAGGAUGGAGGCGGCGGCGCCCCGGGCAGGCGGACGGCCGGGCGCGGGCGAUGGAGAGCGGCGCUGACUGCGGAGGUCGCCUCGGGAGCGGAGCGCGGCGAAGACUGGCCCCCUCGGCGGCGCGCAGCCCCCAGUCCCGGGCGAGCUCGGAUGCGGCUCCGGGUGGCCGGCCCCCGCGCAGCGAACCCCCACGGCUGGCCGGCCCACGGCGGCCGCCCCCAGGAUGAGCGGCGGCGGCGGCGGCGGCGGCGAAGUGGUCUGCUCCGGCUGGCUCCGCAAAUCGCCGCCGGAGAAGAAGUUGAGGCGCUACGCAUGGAAGAAACGAUGGUUUAUCCUUCGCAGUGGCCGGAUGAGUGGAGAUCCAGAUGUCUUAGAAUACUACAAAAACAAUCACUCCAAGAAGCCUCUGCGGGUGAUCAACCUCAACUUUUGUGAACAAGUGGACGCUGGCUUGACCUUCAACAAGAAGGAGCUUCAGGAUAGUUACGUCUUCGAUAUCAAGACCAGUGAAAGGACCUUCUACCUUGUUGCUGAAACAGAGGAGGACAUGAACAAAUGGGUGCGCAGUAUUUGUCAAAUCUGUGGGUUCAACCAGUCUGAAGACCACUCAGAUUCAUUACGAAACAUUCCUCUUGUGAGUCAUGGUCCACGCUCAUCCCCCGCUGAGUUCAGUGGCUCCAACCAACGGUUGUUGCGAGAACGAAAGACAUCUGCUCCGUCGCACUCAAGCCAACCCACCCUCUUCACUUUUGAGUCGCCUUCUAAUCAUAUCCGGACCACACUUUCCACUAGUGCUCCUCAAGACUAUCUCUUCCUACACCAGUGCAUGAGUCAGAAAUCAGAAAACACUAGGAGUGCAAGUUUCUCUCAAGCUACCAGGUUCUUCAUGAGAAGCGACCCGUCGGUUCAGAAACUGUCGCAGGAGAAUGGGCACUGCGUCAACGGGGUGGGCGGGCAAGUCCAUGGCUUCUACAGUCUGCCCAAGCCAAGCCGGCACAACUCGGAGCUCAGGGACAGCGCCUAUGACUUGCCACGAAGUUUUGGGUGCUAUGCCCACACCAAGUCGAGCCUCACCGGCUCAGAAACGUCAGAUAGUGAGGAGGUCUACACCUUCAAGACCCCCAACAGCACCCUUUGCAAAGACUUUGGGGAGCUUUCCACAGACUCCUACGACAUUCCCGGUACCCCUUUGUCAAUUUAUCAGAUCCCAAGGACCUUCACGCUGGACAAAAACCACAAUGCCUUGACGGUGGCUUCUGGGGACACGGCAGCGACUCCCCCACCCAGACCUCCCAAACCAGGGCAGGCAGAAUCCCGCUGGGGUAGCCCCCAACAACGCCUGAUGGACAGCGAAGGCCUGAGCAUGAGUCCAGUGGUCACUACCAUUCCCAGAAGGAACACGCUGCCGGCAGUGGAGAACUGCCGGUUACACCGAGCUUCUUCCUGUGAAACCUACGAAUAUCCCCAGCCCAGCAGCGGUGGCACAGUGCCGUCAGCAGAGUCUGCAAACGUCGGGCCCAGUUCGUAUCUGCAAAACAAAACUGUGGUGGCUCGCUCCCAUAGCGUGGACUCCGAGGACAACUACGUCCCUAUGAAUCCAGGUUCUUCCCUCCUGCAGAACAUGGAGCGGCCUAAUGACAGCUCCCAACACCUUUACAUCCCAAUGAGUCCCGGGCCACACCACCUUGACUUAAUGGGACACUCUUCGUCCACCUUCCCAGCUCAGAAAGGUAGCAGCAGCUCACAGCCGUUGAGGCGGACGAGUGAAAUCCAGCCCCCACCCGUCAACCGCAACCUUAAACCAGAUCGAAAAGCAAAACCAACCCCACUUGACCUGAGGGGCAAUUCAGUCAUCGAUGAACUUCCCUUUAAAUCACCGGUCACAAAAUCGUGGUCUAGGCCUGGCCAGACCUUCAACUCCAACUUUUCUCAAUAUUGUCGUCCCACCUCUACCCAGAGCAUCACCAGCACCGACUCAGGAGAUAGUGAAGAAAAUUAUGUGGCCAUGCAAAACCCAGUUUCUGCGUCUCCCGUUCCCAGUGGGAAAAGUAGUCCGGCGCUGAAGAAGAGCACAGCAAGUGUUGACUACCUGGCCCUGGACUUCCAGCCAAGCUCACCUGGCCCUCACCGAAAGCCCUCCACAUCAUCCGUCACCUCUGAUGAGAAAGUCGAUUAUGUGCAGGUGGACAAGGAGAAGACUCAGGCUUUGCAGAGCACCAUGCAGGAGUGGACCGACGUCCGGCAGUCGUCUGAGCCCAGCAAGACGGUGAAGCAGUAGCCAAGCUGGGGCGUGGUGGAGAAGAAGCAAGGCUCUGGAAGGGCAAGAAGGCAGU